AUGGAAUCGCCGCCUGUGACGCCGGAGGAGUCGCACAUCGUCGCACACCGAUCCUCCUCCUUCACCGCGCUGCGAUCGCUCAACAAGACGUUGAAGGCGCAACGUUUCUCCGCGUCGAACGCGUCCCCCGCACCCACCAGGUCGUCCUCCAUGAAUAACGACAAACGAAGCCUGCCAGGAAAGAGGAAAGCAAUGAUGGUUCUCUUCCUGGCUGCCGUCUCGAUCUCCACCAUUUUCGUCGUCAAGGAUCUCAGAUUCUCUGGCCAGUCGCAACAAACCCAAGUGGAACCGACAAAGAGGGUCGGUGUGUUGGAUGACACAGGCCCACUGAUGGCCGUAGAUUCGCCAUCACCUGCACAAACCGACGGCGAGAAUUCGUUGACAGGGACAGGUGCAGCGAAUCCAGAAUCCGGUAUUGAAAGAUUGCAUUCCGCCGUCGACCAAUCAAGCGCGCUGACGGAUGGGAGUCAGAACGAGCAGCGGCCUUCGUUCCACAGUUCGGUUCAGAACGGUCUCGGCCAGUCUAUACCUGCUGAGGAGCGGGAGGGAGAGCGGGAGGUUGCGCCUGAUGCGUUGGGAGCGCAGGAUGAGUUGGGGGGGGAUAACGCUGCAAGCGGGGAGCAGGAUGAGCGGAGGGGACAGGGUGCUUCGGGAGCGCAGGAUGAGUUGGGGGGCCAGGCCGCUUUGGGGGUGACGGACGAUUCGAGGGUGCAGAACGGUUUGGAAGGGCAGGGUACUUUGUUGGGGCAGGAUUCAACGAAGGAUGAGGGGGUUGAGGUCGAGACGGAGGCGCGAGUGUAUGAAUUACGGGAGAAGAAGAGGAAGAAGAAGAAGCGGAAGGAGAAGAAGCCGAAGAGAGAGAAGAGACCGAAGAAGAGCAGAAGAGGGAUGGGAGUGCGCGCGCCUGCUCCUCCCCCGCCCCCCUCUCCGCCUCCGCCCCCUGCCCAGAUCAACCCAUUGGAUCCUGUGCUUCCCCCGUCGCAUCCCUGCGCCAAUUUCACCCUCCCACCGCCUUCCACCGACAGGAAGCGCACUGGACCCAGACCCUGCCCCGUGUGCUACCUGCCGCUACCAGACGCCAUGGGCAUGCGCCCUUCACGGGGCCACACGGAGGAGCCGAUUCUGAAGCACCUGGCGUACGUCACCGAGGACGAUGCCAGUGAGCGCGCCGCCAGGCGGGCGGGCAACCGGCCGCGGUUCAAUGGGCACCAGUCGCUGCAGCAGCGGGAGGACUCGUUUAAGAUCCAAGAGAGCAUGCGCGUGCACUGCGGCUUUGUCUGGGGCGGCAAGGUGGGCAACGGCACGGGAUUUGACGUGUCGGACGAUGACAGGCGGUUCAUGGAGCGCUGCUAUGACAUUGUGGUCGUAUCGGCUAUCUUUGGCGCCUACGACGUGGUACAACAGCCAAGCAACAUCAGCGAGGAGGCAAGGCAGCAGCUGUGCUUCGUGAUGUUUGUGGAUGAGACGACCUUCAACGAGUUCAUUCGAGACGGCACUCUCAAGCAGCCGCGCACCCGCAGAGUGGGGCUGUGGCGCCUCGUGGUCGUGCAUAACCCUCCGUACAGGGACCCUCGGCGCACGGGCAAGAUUCCCAAGCUGUUGAUUCACCGCCUCUUCCCCAACGUGCAGUUCUCCAUGUGGGUGGAUGCCAAGCUGCAGCUCGUGCAAGACCCCUACAUGAUCCUCGAGAGGUUUCUGUGGCGGGGCAACUUCUCGUGGGCAAUAUCGAAGCACUACAAGCGGUUUGACGUGUUUGUGGAGGCGGAGGCGAACAAGGCGGCGGGGAAGUACCGCAACGCGAGCAUUGACGAGCAGAUGAAGGUUUACCGCAGCGAUGGCAUGACUCCUUUUUCAGAGGACAAGAUGCCGAUUAUUAGCGACGUGCCCGAGGGGUGUGUGAUCAUGCGCGAGCACACGGCUCUCAGCAAUCUCAUGGCGUGCCUCUGGUUCAACGAGGUUGAUCGCUUCACGUCCCGCGACCAGCUGAGUUUCGGGUACACGAGGGACAAGAUCUGUCGCAGCGUGCCUGCCUGGCGCCUCAACAUGUUCCUCGACUGCGAGCGCCGCAACUUUGUCGUUCAGGGCUAUCACAAGGAUGUGCUGAUUCAGAAGCUCAAUGGAUCAUCCACUGCUCCUGCUCUCGUUCUCCCCACCACCUCAGCCACACCUGCUUUAACAGCUGCUGCUGCUGCUGACGGCGCUGGUGCUGGUGCUGGUGCUAGUGGGAGUGAGAUUAGGGAUUACUUACGCAUGCAAUGUUGA